UGGAUCCGGGUUUGGGUUUUAUUCUUAGGGCGGGAGGGGUUUGAUAUUGGAUUAGGGUUUUUGUUGUAUCAAACUUCUUCUGUUGUAAAGAUUUGAGGCUUUAUCUGGUAAAUGUUAUUAUAUAUUUUCAAUUUAAACCAGUAAGCUAGUUUUUCUUCUCGCAAUUUUAGCUUUCCAUGCAUGAUUGAAAUUUUGUUAAAUACGAAUUUCGCGUUCUUGCCUUUUAGGUGUUUUAUAGAGUUUAAUAUGGUGGGUUUUUUUUAUUAAUUAAUGUGGUGAGUUUGGGGUUUGUAAAGAUGGGUAGUGUAAAUAAAAUUCAGGAUCUGGGUAGAUGCAGGUAAGAGCUGCUUUAAUUGAACUGUGAAUAGGUUCAAUUUAUUCUCGUGCAGUUUAAUUCCUUUCCCAUCGUCGGGAAAAAUUUAAAUCUGGAUUUAUUCACUGUGGAAUGGGAGAAUUUGGUUCCUAUUAAUGUUCUCUAGUGUUUAAUCUAGUGAAUUUGUGUCUUUCAAAAGAUAAAUAGUUCAAGAAAGUAUUCACAGUGGUUAAAUAUUUUAUAUUUGGGUAAGUGCGGUGGGAAUUGAUUUAAACUUGUUUAAAACUUUUACUGACCUUUACUCUAGUAGUUGUAGUUAAAGGGUGGAUUUAUAGUUACACUAGAAAAUCAGAUGGGAUAAUUUUGCUCCUAUGGCUGAUAUCUUCAGAGUGCGGCAAUUAAGUCAGCAGCUCCUUUACACUGAAUAAAGGGAUAUAAGAAGAAAGGUGCUUUGGCUAAGAUGUUGACAAAGCGCGAUAGGUUUGCAGGAGAGUAUUAUUGUGGCCCGUAUGAGCCUCCUGGUGAAUCAGAGGGAUCUGGUAGCUCGGGAAGAAUCGAUAUGGAGAUUACUGCUUCAGAAGAUUCAAGUGCACUGAAGAGAAAAUGUAUCAGUUUGAACCCUGAUAAAUAUGGCACCUUUGGUGUCCGUACGGAAGUGUUAUCACUGUCAAAAUUGUCACAGUUUGAAAGAAAGGAUUUGAUGCAUAGGUUGAGACAUGAAUUGGAGCAGAUUCGGAUGCUUCAGAAGAAAGUUGAGUUGCAAAGGACAAAUGGGGUUACUGUGUCAUCUUCCAGUGAUAUUCUUAGUUGCAGCAAUGGACAAAUUUUACCACAGGCACGGGAUUUUCAGAAAUCAUCCAUGAUGGCUUCUGGACCUGGGAAGAAAGGGAAUCCUUUGAGUGGCAAGGCUCGUGCGUUUAAUCGGACUUUUUCAGGAAAAUCUGAGUCUGCAAAACAUGCUUCAGCAUCGAACACCUCAAAUAUGAUGUUGAUGAAGCAGUGUGAGGGUCUUCUAAAACGACUGAUGAGCCAUCAGUAUGGGUGGGUCUUCAACCAACCGGUAGAUGUAGUCAAGUUGAAUAUUCCAGAUUACUUUACUGUUAUAAAGCAGCCCAUGGACCUAGGAACGAUUAAAAAGAAGAUGGCAUCAGGGGCAUAUGCAAGCCCUUUGGAGUUUCAUGAUGAUGUGAAGCUUACUUUCAGUAAUGCAAUGACCUAUAAUCCCCCUGGAAAUGAUGUCCACAUUAUGGCUGAUAACCUUAACAAGUUUUUUGAGGUAAGGUGGAAAAACAUUGAGAAGAAGUUACCAGUUACUGGUACCCAGUUGAUACAAAGUAAAGCUCCUUCUGAGGACAUAGAGACUUCUAAGCCUAUGCCUCCUGCAAAAAAGAGGAAGACAACCUCAGUGACCCAAGAAAUUAUAAAGGAACCUGUAAAGAGGAUGAUGGACGAGGAAAAACACAAUCUAGGCAGACAACUGGAAUCUUUGCUAGCAGAAAUGCCUACACAUAUCAUUGAUUUCUUGAGAGAGCACAGUUCAAAUGGAACCGAAUCUGGAGAAGAAGAAAUUGAGAUUGAUAUUGACGACCUCAGUGAUGAUACCUUGUUCACUUUGAAGAGACUUCUAGAUGACUAUUUGCAAGAGAAACAGAAAAUCCAAGCUAGAGGUGAACCUUGUGAAAUUGAGCUAAUUAAUGAAUCUGCACCAAGUAAUUCAUCCAUGCAACAAGGCAAAGGGAAUGACCAAGUUGAUGAGGAUGUUGACAUUGGGGGAAAUGAGCCUCCUGUAUCUAGCUAUCCACCUGUGGAGAUAGAGAAGGACACAGACCAUAGAACCACAAAGUCUGUCAGUUCAAGCAGCUCUAGAGAUUCAGAGACUGGCAGUUCUGAUAGUGAAUCUGAUGAUGCUAAACCUUCAGGUUCCGUGGAUGCAAUGAAGGUACGGGAAGCGGUAGAAUCUGGGGCUCAAUUAGAUGAAAAAACAAGUGUUGACGAUCUUCAUAAGAAUCAAUGUAUGGAUGGGUCGGAUCAGCUUGAGCAGACUUCUCAGCGAAAGCCAAGUUCUGUUGAGUCAGAUAGUUGCCAAGAUGGGGACAAUGCUCCAACAGAGAGACAGAUUUCUCCUGAGAAGCUCUAUAGGGCUGCUUUAAUUAAGAAUAGAUUUGCUGAUACCAUUCUAAAAGCUCGAGAAAAGACACUUAUACAGGGUGACAAGGGGGACCCUGAAAAAUUGCGUCGGGAGAGAGAGGAACUAGAACAACAAAGGAAGAAAGAAAAGGCACGGUUGCAAGCAGAAGCCAAGGCUGCUGAAGAUGCUCGAAGACGAGCUGAAGCAGAAGCUGCAGCUGAGGCUAGACGGAAGAGGGAGCUUGAGCGAGAAGCAGCACGGAAGGCAUUGCUGGAGAUGGAAAAGACGAUAGAAAUCAAUGAGAAUUCUGGGUUUCUUGAAGACUUAGAAAUGCUUAGAGCCGCCCCAGUCGAUAAUUUGCCAAGCUCAGUGGAGGGAACAUGCACGGAUCACUCCGUAGAUGGGUUAGGAAGUUUUAAGUUUGGGAGCAGCAACCCAUUGGAACAGCUGGGAUUGUACAUGAAGGAAGAUGAAGAGGAAGAAGAAGGUGAGCCGCCCAGUAUCCCAAAUCCUAUGAAUGAUGCAGAGGAGGGUGAAAUUGAUUGAAAUCUGCUUUGUGUACGCCAAACUAGCCUAGCAUUAAAAGAAGAGAGUAGAGAAUAGAAUGUCAUUUCUUUAAAAAUCCUGCCUUGGUUUUUUGGGGAUUAUUUUAUUUUAUUUAUAAAGUAGAAAAUAUAGUGGAAAGAUGCUCAAGAGCACUUGUGUUGGAUUCUGUGGGCAAAGGGGAAAACUCCCCACUGAAAUUCUAUAAUCUUUUUGUAGUUUUCUGUAAUUACAAGUUAAUGAAAGUUCUAUUUUUGUGUCUCAA